AUGUCUUCGUUCAAGGUCUACACGCGCACCGGCGACGGGGGGGAGGCGAGUUUGUACAACGGGGAGCGACGGUGCAAAGGCGAUGCCGUGUUCGCGGCGCUGGGGGACGUGGACGAGCUGAACAGCGCGUGCGGAGUCGCCCGCGAGCUGUGCGUGGAGGACGGCGGCGCGGAGGGCGAGAACGUGGCCGAGCAACUCAAGAGCAUACAGUCGAGGCUGCUCGACGUGGGGUCCGUCGUUGCCACACCACGCGACAGAUCGUCGCAGCGGAAACUCCAGCGCGUGACGUUCGCGGCGGGCCACGCCGCGGAGCUGGAGUCGUGGAUCGACGCGAUGGACCUCUCGCUGCCGCAGCUCAAGAACUUCAUCCUUCCGUCGGGCGGCAAGCCGGCGGCGUUCCUGCACAUGGCGCGCGCCAUCUGCCGGAGAGCGGAGCGCUCCGUGGUCGAGGUGGACCGCGCGGGCGCGGACGGCGCAGAGGGCGGCAACGUCGGGCCGGAGGUCCUCGCGUAUUUGAAUCGCCUCAGCGACUAUUUGUUCACCGCGGGGCGUUACAUGGCUGCGCGCAUGGGCCGCGUGGAGACGAUCUACCAGAAGGCCAUGUCGUGA